CAUAUUCAGAGUGUAGAGUAGCAUUAACGUGUUAUAUUCCCUUUGGAUAGUAUUUGAUGCUCGUGCGCCGCGCGGUCGCGUGACGUCUUCAUAGUAAACAAAUCUGUUAGUACGUUAUUAGUGUAUCACGAUUUCCCAAAAAUGGCGUAUCAGCAAUCCAUGCCUAAAUCUGAAACCAUCAGGCUACGUGAAAAACACGUUGGAUCUGCUUGCCAACUCUUUUUCCGUUCAACCCCUCUGAAAAUAGUGCGCGGUAUUGCCCAGUUUAUGUAUGACGAGACGGGCGAAAGAUACCUUGACUGCAUCAAUAAUGUCGCGCAUGUUGGCCAUUGUCACCCCCACGUCGUCGAAGCGGGCCGCAACCAAAUGUCUUUAAUAUCAACAAAUAAUCGUUACCUUCACGAUGAGCUAGUGAUCUUGGCAGAAAGGCUCGUGAAGACUCUCCCGGAGCCUCUAUCAGUCUGCUUCUUUGUUAAUUCUGGGUCAGAGGCCAAUGACCUGGCUUUAAGGCUCGCUAGGAUACAUACGAAGAAGAAAGACGUCAUUACCCUCGACCACGCUUAUCAUGGUCACCUAACGUCCAUGAUCGAUAUCUCUCCAUACAAAUUUAACCUACCCGGAGGUCCUGACAAACCGGAAUGGGUUCAUGUGGCACCCGUACCAGACACCUAUAGAGGGAAAUAUACCAAACCAAACGAUUCGAAAUCCGAAGAGGAGCUAGGGCAAAUGUAUGCUGAUGAAGUCGGCAAAAUUUGCAAAGAAGCAACAAGCAAAAACGGCGGAGUUUGCGCCUUCAUUGCGGAGAGUUUACAGAGCUGUGGUGGGCAAAUCAUUCCGCCCGAUGGCUACCUUAAGCGUGUUUAUCAAUACGUAAAGGAGUCCUACGGCGUGUGCAUAGCUGAUGAAGUGCAAGUCGGAUUCGGCCGAGUUGGGACUCACAUGUGGGCGUUCGAGACCCAAGAUGUGGUCCCUGACAUCGUCACUGUGGGCAAGCCGAUGGGCAACGGCCAUCCGGUGGCAGCCGUCAUCACAACACCAGAAAUCGCCAAGAGUUUCGCUGAUACUGGGGUGGAGUACUUCAAUACGUACGGCGGCAACCCGGUCUCCUGUGCUAUAGCUAAUGCUGUUCUUGACGUCAUCGAAGAAGAAAACCUCAUGGAGCGUGCUCUGCGUGUCGGCAAUCACUUACUAAAUCGCUGCGAAGGGUUGAUGCAUAAACAUAGACUUGUGGGUGACGUGCGAGGCAGGGGAUUGUUCGUCGGCGUUGAGCUGGUCACGGAUAGAGAGUUGAGAACGCCUGCUACUGCUGAAGCGAAGCAUGUUGUGAAUAGAAUGAGGGAAGAGAAGAUUCUGAUCAGUCGCGAUGGUCCGGACAGCAACGUGUUGAAAUUCAAACCUCCGAUGGUGUUCUCUACGCAAGACGCUGAUCGUUUGGUCGACACAUUAGAUAGAGUUCUAGAAGAGCUCGACGGCUCUAGGGUACCAGUGACCAGUUUGAAACUUGAGGUGCUGGUUACUCCAAUAACAGAAGAAAAAGAGGCAAAGAACGCUGUAAUAAAGAACAGCGUACAAAAAACCAUUGCUGCAUAGAAUAAAUUGUACAGUUGUUAAGUAUUAUUUGUGAGUUAUGAGUGUAAAUAUAGUUUUAUUCGCAAUUAGCUAUUAAGAAAAACAUGUAAAACAAUGCAAUUCGAAUAUUAUUAUUAAAUAAGUAAAAUAAAUGUGUAUUUUAUUA